GUUCAGGGACCAAGUGGUGCAAGAAUCCGCAACAAGAGAAGAGUGUGAAUCAUCACUUGAGGAUUAGUGGUGCAAACCGAGGCAGCAGCAGCACUUCAGACCAACACGACCACGAUUGAGGUGCACCCAGAUGGAUUAUGCCAUGAAGUCUCUCAGCCUUUUGUCUCCGUCCUCCCUCUCCAAGUGUGUGACAGACAGCAUGUCGGCCAGCGCCUCCAUGACCCAGCAGCUCCUGUCAGGUCGAGGUCCUCGGACGAAACCCUUCAGAGUCACCAAUGCUGACUGCAGUGUGAAGAAGGGCAUCAUGGCCGACACGCUGCAAGACCUGAUGAACAAGGCCAGCGACUCGUUGAGCGUCCCGUGUGUCGAUGCAUUGGUGCUGGGUGAAGACGGCACCGGUGUGGACACAGAGGAGUUCUUCCAGACGCUGCCUGACAACACGGUCCUCGUGCUGCUGGAAAAAGGACAGAAGUGGAGCCAACAUCCAAACAGCCCCUCCAGAGAUCAGCUCGGGGAGCAGAGGCGGCGGCACCGGACAGAUGUGGCCAAGCUGACCCUCGACCUCUACAAGAACAACCCCAAUGAUUUCAUUGGCUGCCUGAACGUGAAAGCGACCCUGUACGGGGCUUAUUCCGUGUCCUAUGACCUGCGCUGUUAUGCUGCCAAAAAUAUGUUCAAGGAGGCUCUGCGAUGGACCAUCUUCUCCAUGCAGGCCACAGGCCACAUCCUGCUGGGCUCGUCCUGCUACAUCGAGCAGCUGCUGGAGGAGGAGGAGGAGGCAGAGAAGAGCCUGGCGCUGCCACAGGAGAGCAGGAUCAGGCAGCUGCAGAGCAUGCUGCUGGGAAAGAUCGCCUACUGAUGAUGGACUGCAUGGUUCUUAGAUUGAGCACACAGAUGAAACGAUCAAUAUUUACCUGAUCAUAUCUCUCAUUCCGGUGCAGUUUGGAAACAUGGCAGAUGUUGCAACAGCUCACGCCUCACAGUCACUUUCUUGCUCUGUUACAUUUUUUUGUCCCACACUACAAGUUACACCUCACAAAGCACUUUUACUCACUACUAUAACUUUUCCUUGGGAGAUGAAUAAAUAAAACUUUUUAU